GUCUCAAAAGUUGUUUAGGUUUUUUGCUAAUGAUUCGAAAGCUAUCGCAUUUACCUAAAGCAAGCUGAGGUGUAACGUUGUAUUUUAAAGGUCUUGUGGACGGAUGUGUGUCUGCAUUGCUCGGCUAGCUGACGUCAGUUAGCUAGCAGCAACUGAUCUGUCGCCGUAGCGUUAUGUAUCGCUGUUUAGUUAUGAAUGGAUAGGCAUCAACUUCGGCUGUUGCUAAUCAAACGUUUUCAAUUUGAUGAAGCAGUUCAAGCCUGUCAAAAGCGUGAAAUCAACACUACGCGUGAGCCUUAACGAUAGCGACCGAGCUAAUCUCCUGCUUGAAGACGGGCUUGUUUAGUAGCCGGCGCAGACCCUCAUGCUCAGAGCUCAACCGUUGUGAGGGGGGUGCCAGAUGGAUCAUGGUGGUCAGCUUGAGAGGGAGGACAGAGCAAUGUCACAGGUUCAGGUGGGCGGGGCCAACCUCUGUGAUAACCUUCCCAAUCCUGACACUCUCGCUGCCCAAACACGAAAUCUCAACGAGACUAACGCGCUCGCACAGACUCAAAGCCUCGCUCCUCCACACAAGGAAGAGGGAGGAGGGCUCAUCCAAAAAACCUCUGUCAACAACAAUGGGAAGGAGGAGGAGGAGCACGGAAAGGAGGGAUACACAGGAAGAGGCGGAGAGGAGGAUGAAGAAGAAGAAGAAGACAUUGAUGAGGUGAUGAAGGGAGACGAAGAGGAGGAAGAAUCAGAAGAAUCAAGCUGUCUAAUUCGCUGCCAGUCUCCCGACACUCCAAUGACUGAUUCCUCCUAUUCAGAGACAGGCAGUCUGUUGGAGACUCCGUAUCCUUUCAGCCCUGGGACCAGUCCAGAGCCCACAUCCCCUGUCAUUCCAGUGGUCAGUCCAGACACUGCAUAUCCCGCCAGUCAAGUGGAAGUGAGCCCGAUUGAUGUCAAAGUGGACUCUCAUAACACUGACUUAGUUGCCUCCAACACAGGUUCCGUUACACAGGGACCCACCUUCACCACAGGGCCUAUAGAUUCUACUACUGGGCCUACAGGUAUCACAGAAGCCACAGACAAGAUAGCAAAAAAUACUGACUUCACUGCAGGACAUCUUACCUCAUCCACAGACUCUGUCUUCAACUAUGGGCCCACAUGCGCAAGAGGGUUUCCCUCAACAGCAGAGACAUUUACAGGGCCUGCUUGCACCGCGACGCUCAACACUUCCAUUGCUUCCACUCCUAUGAGUGCAACAGCAAACACCCCAGGGCCCACGACUACUGGUACAGAAUCCACUACCACCACAGUACCUAUAACCUCGAUUUUGGAACACAUUACCUCCACUCCAGUGCCCACUUGUUUUUCAGUCUCCACCUGUGCCGCAGGGCCUCUUCCAAGCCCCGCCCUGCUGGAGUCUCUGGAGGAGUUGGCACAAAGAGGAGAUGACACUCACCUUCCACAGUACCUUCACCAGAUUGCCGAGGCCUUUGUCCUUCACAAAGACUACCAGCGGGCAUUAUGGUGCAUCCAGCUAGAGAGACUCUAUCACCAGAGAGUAUUGGACAACCUGAAUGAACUACAAGAACAGUGGGAGAGUCAGUCUAGAAGUUCUUUCUUCGACCUGGCAACCCAACAUCUGGACACUCUAAAAAACAUCUGCCGGACGCACAGUCGACCAGGAGCCAGAGAUGCUGUGUGUGCAUCUCUGGACCUUUUGAGGCCUACGUUUGAAGAAGGUGGUGCACUGCCUUUGUGUACUUCAGUCCAUCAGGUUGACGAAGGGAUGGAGCAGAGAGCUCAAGACCCCUCGCGUUAUCAGAGCAGCCAUCCAGUGAUCCCUUCCAUUGAUUUGACUGAUGGGCUUUAUUCCCCUGAGAUUUCAGAAAAGGACAGACGGUCAGACCCACUCAGGGAAGUAGAGGGCAGGGUCUGUUUCCUUGGAGAUCAGCUGACUGACAAGCACGGCAGCAACAGAGAGGGAGGAGUGGCAGAAGGAGGGGUAGAAUACACCACUUCAGUCAGAGGAAAUGGAGGACACCCCUCUACAGCUGGAGAAAUGGAUCAGUCCAAACCCGCAGAGCAGCAGGGAGGAGAUUUAGGUCUCACACAGGAAAAGGAGGCAAAAGGGGACGAAGAAGAGAGGGAGGUGGAGGAGGCAGCCGAGGCUUUGGAGAUGGAAGAUGAGGGAGAGGAAGAAGAGGAGAGGAAGAAGGAAAAAGACUCUGCUCUGUGUCACAAAGCUCUCCCAGUGGAGACUCUGACCAGUGGGGCAGAUGUGGAGCAACAACAGCUGCAACAGGAGGCCCUACAUGAGGAGAACCAGGAGAGCGCUAAAACCUGCCUGCACCAGGAGGCCCCCCUUCCUCAGGAGGCUCACGAGCAGGAGCAGAGUGAGGAGGUGAAAGAGGAGGAAGAGUAUGAGGAGGAGGAGGAAGAAGAGGAGGAGGAGGAGUACGACGACGAAGUAGAGCAAGUUGACAUCGUCAAAGAAGCUUCCUCACUGGACGACAUGGCUAAACACAUCACUGUAGAGCAGAUAUCCCCUGCUUCUGGCCUUGUCUCCAUAUUGAAGAAGCGGCGCGUUUGUGUGGACAACAUGAGUGUGUCUGCCAUCUCUGAGACCCGACCUGACGAACUCCCUGCCAAAAGACGUGUCCGCUUCAAAGUCCCUGAUGAUGGCUAUGAGCAGGAUGUCGGCGGUGGAGACUCCUGCCUGCUUCUCUUCCUGCUUUGUCUGGUUACUGUAGUGAUCAGUGUCGGUGGCACCGCUCUGUACUGUGCCCUGGGAGAUGCCCACUCCUCAGUCUGUCAGGACUUCUCCAGAAAUGCAGACUUCUACGUUGGCCAGAUACAGAGCGGGAUAACUCAAAUUCAACAUUGGUUUGCUCCCGGCUCAUAGCGGCAUGCAGUUUGUCAACAUUGUGGAGCCACUGGCCUUACUGUUUAUCACUGUAGGCUCCGGCAGUCCCUGCUACUUCCUGGGACAAUGUUCCAUGAGGUAAUGGUGCCGGGCAGCUACUACAGUCCCUGCCGCUAUGUGAAGCAAGUGGCUAUUAUGCUGCCUAAUUGGCUAAACAGUUUUAUCAGAUGUGGUUGGCAUUUGUAAGCCUGCUCUACUGCAUUUUUAAUGCUCUUUGAAUCCAAUCCCAGGGUUCAUUGAGCCUAAAAGUCAUAGGUCAGAUGUCCUUUACAACACUCGUUUGAAAGGGAAAGUAGAACAGAGAGAGAGAAAGAGGAUGAAUGGAGACUGUAUAAUAGCAGAGGAAGAAGUGACCCACACUUCGCUCUACCCUCUCCAGAUUAAAUAGGUUAUAAAUUCUCAAUGUGACACUCAAGUGUCCUGUUGAACUAGCUGAGUGCUGUCUCCGCACACAUGUUCACCGUCAGCCAGUGAAGCUUCUAAAGUCACUGGCAGAUGAAUCCCCCGUGACUGGAUACAUGCUCUCACUGACUUUUCCGAGACUCGACUCCCUAAUUUAAGAAUAAGAACUAAAUAAUAAAGGCUGUAAAAAAAAAAAAAAAAAAAAAGAAAAAAAAGAAAAGUAUAAUGUAUAGUUUGUUAACAGGGGGGGGGGGCACAGAGAUGCUCUCGACACACACUGCACACAUGGGUAGUGGCUCAAUGGGGAUUUUACAAACUGCUGCAACCACUAGUGUUGCUUUUAUUGUUGACUUUUUAAAAUCACAAAUGAAAUUUUACAAUGAACAUACCAUUCUGUGGUUUUCUACUUGGAAUGAACUCAUUAUAUCUUAAUCAACCUUUGAAUGAAUGUUUGGAGUAUAAUGUUAAACUUCACUUGUGGGGCAUUUGUGUAUUAUCCGAAUUUGACACGAGUGUCCUGUCGCUGCCCUUUUCUGUACAACUUUUUGCAGUGAGCUGACAUGGCUGCCACUGGAGACUAAAAAGUCCAAACUACCCCUUUAUGGUGUUCAAUGAGGUAGACGUAGCUUUGUGUAGCAUAUGCAAAAUGUACAGGAACACAGUGCACCUCUGUAGAUAUUGUCAGAAGAAUGUUUAACAUGUUGCACAUAAGACUGGUACGAUUUUUAAAAAAACAUAUUGCAAUAUUUCUACAGGAGUUGUUGGGUUGGUUCUGGACUAAACGUAGACUUUACAUGAUUAGAUUAAAAACUAAAUAUAUUCAUAUCCACAAACUGUUUUCAGGUUCAUCGUGAAAAGUUCAUGCCAAUGAACAUCAGUUAUGCACAGAUAACCUGGAACAGAAAAUACUCAACUCUUAAGCGGGUCUGGCUAAGUAUGGAAUAUUUCUGUGAAAAAAAGAUACAUGAGAAUUGUACAAUUAGUUUAGGAACCAAUAAUUAUUCAGUGUGCUCUAUAUCAGUACGGGCCUUGAUGUCGAUGGGAUCAUUUGAAGCUCUGUCUGCCGGUGUGUUUGCUGUUCUUGGGGAUUGUGGGCGUCACCCUCAGUGUGUGAUAGUCGGUGUUUACCCCUUUUUGUUUUUUCCAAGAAAAUUCUUUGCCACCACCUGGUCUCCUUAAAGACUCAUUUGCCAUUUCUGUUUAAACGUGUGUAAUGUGUUACGUCUGCUGAGUCCUGGUUUGAUGGAGAAAGAAGUACUUUUUGUGGGUGAAGAACUGAUUUCCUAAUGAGAUGGAGAAAAGACUGUCCUAGAAAGAGGCUAACACUUUGUCCAUGAAACCAAUACUUUAUUCUCACAUCAGUGCUUUAACUCUUAUUUCUAGUCAUUUGAAAGCAAAGUACUUGGGUUGUUUUACUGCUUAAACUCACUUUUUUGCCUCCUCAGGCAUCCAUACUUUGUGUCAUUUCAACAUGUUGCAAUGUUUGUUGUCCUGUUGAUUAUCUUUCCUUUGGAUGCCAUGAAACCACAUAUCUCACAAAGUUCUUAAUUGUCAGGAUGUAAAGACAAAAAACUAAUUUAAAGAGCAGGGAUUCAAGUGUCUUAAUUAUGCAUUUAUGAUAGACAACAUGGUUUCAUCUUAAACUUUCUCUCAUGGUGUGUCACUUACAAAACAAAAACCUGAGCGUUUGUUUGAGAUAUGAGGUCUCCCGGGAUGCAAUGUGUAGUAGAUUGAUUCUUGUUUUUAUUUGCACAUGUCGUCUGGCUGGUUCAGAUGACCGUCACUCAGAAAACCUCAUAUUUAAUCUUCUAGAUGAUUUUAAUAAUUUAUAAUACGAGGGAUGUCUAGUGCAGGUGGUUAAGAACAAAAGGGUGCAUUUGUUUUCUGUGCUUUGUGAUUAUUGUCGUUAUACAUCGGAUAGCUUUUUCAUCUUGUUUCAUCAUUGUUUUGACAGAGAAUUGAAUUUCCUUUUCUAUAAUCUAACUCCUCUGAAUAACAACAUCUGGGUUGUUUAUUUUUCAUUAAUUUUUAGUAAUCAAUAAUCAGUUAAAAAUAUUCAUGACUUUUCUAAAUGUAAGCGUUGGAUAUAUUUUAAUUUGUUUGCCCAAUUGUUUUUUAAAGAACAUUCAGAAAUGAAUGAAUAUAAAGUCAUGUUCUUUGUGUAUGAAUCAGUACUAUGUACCACUAUUAUGAGCCUGAAGAAAGGUGUUUUAUGAAUAGUUUGAUGAACUCUUUCUCUUUGUUCUUAAAGAUUGUAAUAAGGAGAUGAGUUUUGUUUAUUUUCUUCCCUGUUAUGUCUCCCGUUAAAGCCAUUGAAAAAAAGUUGUUUGCGAGUCUCUAAUCUGUCUGUUCUGCAACAAUACUGGUAUCGUAUUCAGACAUUUUGAACCUUAUGUGAAAACUAGCAGCAAUACAUUUAGUUGGGAUGACAUCAUUUCGCAGAAAAGACUCAUACCUUACGAACAGUAGCCGAGUUGAUUUGCUGUGACCACUUUCAUGGUUUUCAAGUUUGAUCUUCAGAGAAAAAAAAAAUCCCUUUUAUGUACAGGCAAUGUGCUAAUCCAAAGCAACAUGGAGGACGUAAUGAAUAGAUUAACACUUUCAAGGACUGUGGUCACACACUUAUAUUGUGAAUAUAAUAAAAUGUCCUGCUGUUAAUUUCCAUGUAUCUCAAUAGUAUAAUAAGUCUUCUCUGACACAGGAUGCAUGUUUACAUUUGCUGGAAAAUAAACCCACUUUAUGAGUCUGAGCUAACAUACAUUUAGAUAUACCAUUAGAUAUUAAAUCAACUGUAAACCAAGUGUUUGUUCAUUCUUCGUUUUAUGUUGCCAGUUACCUACUUAAAACUAAUUAUAAUCGUUUAUUCUUUGGCCAUUUAGGGUAUUGAUAUUGAUCGCAAUAAUUUUCUUCAAAAUAAUACUGUUCACA